GAAAUUUUAAAAUUAUAAAUUCAAGUGGUACGAAUGCAGAAAUUUAUACGCGUUAGGUUUUCAUAACUGUCGAUGACUGUCAUUGUCAGUCCAGUUCUUAUCGCCUCGCUUUCUCCAGCGAAUUAAACUAACCAAUAUUUGGUUAGUUUUUACGUUAGCGUUGUAGGUGGAAUUCAAUAAAAUUGGUUGAAAUGGAUAUGAUAUCUCCAAAAGCAGCUAUUGGCAUUGCAGCUGGAGUAUGUGGAACAUUGUUUUUAGGCUAUUGUAUUUAUUUUGAUCAGAAAAGACACAGUGACCCUGAUUUCAAGAAAAAGUUACGUGAACGAAGGCGUUUGAAAAAAGCUGUGACAGGAGGGGGAAAACCAUCUAAUACAGUUUUUCCAGAUAUGAAAGAUCAUGAAGCUGUACAAAAGUUCUUCCUUCAAGAAAUACAGCUAGGAGAAGAAUUACUGGCUGCAGGAGAUCUUGAAAACGGCGUGGACCAUCUAGGUAACGCUGUGGCUGUUUGUGGACAACCCAAUGAUUUGUUACAAGUCUUACAACAGACGUUACAACCCCAAGUGUUCCACUUAUUAGUUCAAAGAUUGCCUGCUGUAGCACCACGAUUAAUGAAAGCACAAACUAAUUCUAUGCAAGAAGAUGAUGUGGAGUGAAACCAAUAAAGAUUGAAGUAGUAACAUCUGUUAAUGCUGAAUUAUUUGUGAUGUUUUUCUCCAAUGAAACAAAUUUGUAGUUUAUUUUUGGUUACUCUAGAAAUAUAAGUUUCUAUGUUUUUGAUCUUUAUCAACUUUUCAAUGGGUUUCUUCAUAGGGUGGUUCACAAUGGUUGUGAACCACUCUACAAACAAACCUAAUAUUGAUGUUUCAUCAAUCAACGAUGAAAUUCGUUGACUUAUUGUUCGAAGUUUCGAUAGAAAAACACCAAUGGUAACUUUUCAAAUUUCGCCUACAUUAUAUUAUCUUUUAGGUGAUCUCACAUUGAAUAUGAGUGAAACUUUGUUGAAUACUUGGAUGUUGUUAUUAUAAAACCCCAUCUGUAAUCAUUUCCAAAACACAUGUCUCAAACUGAAUAUACUACUUUUGAUGGA